AUGUUCGUUUUCGUCAGUUGGGCGAUAGCAAACUUCUUCAAGGAUGUCUUUGAGGCGGUACCGGUGAAAGCAGUCUGGGAGCUUACGCCGGGUGCCAAGUGGAUCGAUCCAAUCCAGGCGUUUUUCAUCACCGGUAUCAUCAAUGUGAUAAUAACAACAGCAAUCCUGAUCCUGCCUAUGCCAGUUGUCUGGAAGAUACAGUUAUCAUUAGGGAAGCGGAUUGGGAUCUGUGCAUUGUUUGCUCUUGGGUGUGGUUUUGCUGCCCGACUGACUUUGCAAUUGCGAUCGUUAGGGACUGUAACCCCAACCGCGAUCUUAUCAAUCGUGGAACAGGCGCUUGGCAUACUUUGCGCCAGCUUGCCGAUGGCGGGUCGUCUAUUGUACCGCAGAUUCAACACACAGAAGGACAUUUCUGAUAUGCCGAUGACAAACCAGCAGACAUCAGGUGCGACUUCAACCAGGUCCUCGAACAAGAAUAAGGGAUUGCGCAAAAUCUCAGAACAGGCAGCAAUUCCUGACCUUGAGAGGGCCAAAAUCUAUGAUGAUAGGUCGGAAAACGCCACGCCGGAAGGGCCCACAUUUGGGGAGCGUACAAACUUCUCGAAGGAACGUCCUCAGUUGGCACAAUUUCCUUCGCGCAGCUUCGAGAGACCAUGGAACCCUCUCGGUUCACACACGUUUGCAGGAAAAGCCAUAUAG